GGCGGGGGAGGGGCACGGCGUCAGCGCGUCGCCGGCUGGGCCGAGCCGGUGGCCAGGAGGGAGAGACAAGGAGGAGGAGGAGGAGUUCUUGGGGCUGGAGAUCCAAGAUGAAGGUGUCAGCAGAUUUGCUUUAUUCUGAGAUCUCCUUGGCUUGCAGAUGAUCACCUUUCUGCUGGUAUCUCUGCAUUAGCCUGAUUGGAUAUAUGUAAAGAGAAAAAUUAGUACCUCUGGAUCAUCAGGUUACGCUUGAAGAAGACUAUAGGGAAGAAUCCAUUUUCUUCUUGCCACAAAAGUUGCAAGAGAAAAUCUGUGAAGGCUUGAAAGGGCCCAUGAGUCUUCUCAUCAUUGAGGCGUUCUAUGGAGGGUCCCAUAAACAGCUGGUGGAUCUUCUUCAAGAAGAGUUAGAAGACUGUGUCCUUUAUACCCUGCCUGCAAAGAAAUGGCAUUGGAGAGCACGGACGUCAGCUUUAUACUUCUCCCAGAAUAUUCCCAUCAGUGAGCAGUACAGGAUCCUCUUUGCAAGCUCAGUGCUGAACCUGACUGAAUUGGCUGCCCUUCGGCCUGACCUUGGGAAAUUAAAAAAGAUUCUGUACUUCCAUGAGAACCAGUUGGUAUAUCCUGUCAAGAAAUGUCAGGAGAGGGAUUUCCAAUAUGGAUACAACCAAAUUCUCUCAUGCCUGGUGGCUGAUGUGGUGGUGUUCAACUCAGUUUUUAAUAUGGAGUCAUUUCUCACCUCUAUCGGAAAAUUUAUGAAACUGAUUCCUGAUCACAGACCCAAGGAUCUGGAAAGCAUCAUCAGGCCCAAGUGCCAAGUUAUUUACUUUCCCAUCAGGUUUCCUGAUGUGAGCAGAAUCAUGCCCAAGCACAAAACAGCCCAUUUACAGAAGAUUCUCAGCCUUAAAGGAAAUGGUGGCACUGCUCGAUCUAUGGCCCUUCCUUUCCAACAGGAGCAGAAAGGUUCUGAGAUUUUAUUGAAGAAUUCUGAUUCAGAGUCCAGACCUGGCAAUGCGGCGCCACAAGAAAACCUGGGUAGCUCAUUAACGCAGGAGUCAGACUGGAGAACGUGCAACCUGUCAGAUAAUUCAAGUUCUCAUCGUCAGGAAAAUGCACAAAAUAUGACUUUUGAUCCCCGUGACAUUUUGGGAGAAACUGAUGAUCCACAAAGACCACUGCACAUUGUGUGGCCUCACAGGUGGGAACAUGAUAAAGAUCCGGAGAGUUUUUUUAAGGUACUGAUGCACCUUAAGGAUUUAGGACUCAAUUUCCACGUGUCUGUCCUUGGAGAAACCUUCACAGAUGUGCCAGAUGUAUUUUCAGAGUCCAGAAAGGCAUUGGGAUCGUCUGUCAUACACUGGGGCUACUUACCCAGCAAAGAUGACUAUUUCCAAGUACUGUGCAUGGCCGAUGUUGUCAUCUCAACAGCUAAGCAUGAAUUCUUUGGAGUGGCGAUGUUGGAAGCUGUGUAUUGUGGCUGUUACCCACUCUGUCCCAAAGAUUUGGUUUAUCCCGAAAUAUUUCCAGCUGAAUAUCUGUAUUCUACACCUGAACAGCUUUCAAAAAGGCUCCAGAAUUUCUGCAAGAGACCAGAUAUUGUAAGAAAACAUCUUUAUAAGGGUGAAAUGACUCCUUUUUCUUGGGCAGCCCUACAUGGUAAAUUCAGGUCUCUGCUUACAACAGAACCUAGGGAAGAUUUGUGACAGAUGGGGCUAAGUCACAAACUUGCAGCCUAAGGCAGAAUCUGUAGAACUUUCCAGAGUGUGCCCAUAUUUACCUGAUCAGAGAGAAAAGAAAAUCUGCAGAGGAAGCUGAGCCUGGCUGCUUGUCAUAGCUGACACAGAGCCAUCUGCCACAAACCUGUGGCGGCUUCAGAUCUCCCAUCCCUGCCACCACCCCAACUCAAAUUAAAUACAGAUUCCUAGAGACGUUAUGAUGGUUACACAUGUCCUCGGCAUCACAUGGAGGAGACUGUUCAAAAAAAAAUAUGUGGCCUGUUGUAUAACCGCACUCAUGUAUCCCAUAUGUGGUGCCACAUUGAAUUUCCGGUUGAAUCUGUUUUUAUCCUUUGUACUGGAUGACAUGGUGCCUGAAUUCUUUCUUUUUGCCGACACGAUGGCAGCCAAACUGCAGCUUCAAAAGCUCGCGCUUGGCUGUGUUUCUACCUAGGUUGCCAGGUUAUCAUCGGAGCCUUCUUGUGUCCUCAAAGGGCCACAGGGUCUGAACGGGGGAUCAGGAUGCUACCAGACUAAUUGGGCAGCCAUCUCAGAAUUGUCUGUGGGCAAAGGGCUGCUUUAGCACUUUUAUUUUAGCAAAUUAAUGACUCUCUGGCACAGGGGUUUUUAAGUGAAGGUAUUAAUAAGGGGUCUGGCAGGUAUUCCCAUGAUUCACAGAGUUACAUUUGCAUUCAAUUUAUUUUAAAGUUGCGAGAUAAACAGCUGUAAUUUAGACAAACAUGGGAAACACACUAAGUGGGGCCAUCUUGCCCAUAAAAUGAACACUGAGAUACUUGUUUUAAUUUUUUUUUUCCUGGGGUAAAAACAGAGAAAUCAAAAUACUUCUACUAAAACAGUCAUUUUGGUAGAAAUAUUCCUCAAAAAUAUUUGCAUCCAGCUACAAAUAAAAUCUUUUCAAGAUAAAUCGCUUAUGAUUCCAAUAGUCAAGCUGCUGUAUUUGUUGAUAUAAAGAUGUUUUGAACGGCUAGAUUGUAAAAUAAAUUUUUAAUAAAGUGCCUACUGCAAUUUUUAAUUAGCA